AUCAAUUUCACACUCAUGAAAUUGUAUUGACUUAGCCCGGUCUAUCACACAUAAUUCUGUACCAGCGGCGCCUGUUCUCUGUUCGCUCUGUUCUCUGAUCGCUCUGUGGCUUAUCGUCUGUCGCAAACUCACACAGACGCAGGCGCAGCGUUCCAGGCUUGCGGAGUGCCGAGUGCCGAGUGCCGAGUGCCGAGUGCCGAGUGCCCGAGUCGCAGUCCGCAGUCGCGACUUGCAGAAUCCUCGGCUCCAUCGCGGCACAGGCGCCAGCGGCGCAACGCCUCCAGCAGUCCAUCCCUCCACGGUUCCACCCCUGGUAGUGUAAUCCCUCCAUGGCUGACGAAGCAGACAAAGUCAAUCCCGGAGACCCUCCACCAACAGUAUGUAAUUUCUUCAGAAAGCCACUGAAGACCAAAAACAUCAGAAAACGUUCUGCAGCAGAUGACGGUGAGAAUGAAGAUGAUGAUUCAAAAGCUGAGACUUCAAUAGUAUUCAAUAAGAAGAAGCCAGCACUGGCUGACAACAAGCUGCACUUUUCAUCUGGACCAUCAAAACGGGAUAUCACCUCAAAAUCUGAUGUAGAUGUGAAAACCCGUACUUUUCAUUUCGAAUCUUCAAGGGAGAUUCAAGUUCAGAAUGAUAACAGAGCAACAGCUACACUGGAAACUGAAACUGAGUUCUCAAGAGACGCCCGGGCAAUUAGGGAGCGAGUUCUCAAGCAAGCAGAGGAGGGCUUAAAAGGGAAUAAAAAGAACACCGGUGAUGAGAAGUUGUAUCAAGGGAUACAUGGAUAUACUGAUUACAAGGCUGGUUUCAGGAGAGAACACACGAUUUCAAGUGAGAAAGCUGGUGGAUCACAUGGUCCUCUUAGAGCUUCUGCUCACAUCAGAGUAUCAGCGAGGUUUGACUAUCAGCCAGACAUAUGCAAGGAUUAUAAAGAAACUGGGUAUUGUGGAUAUGGGGAUUCGUGUAAGUUCAUGCAUGAUCGAGGUGAUUAUAAACCAGGAUGGCAGCUGGAAAAGGAGUGGGACGAAGCUGAGAAAGCCAGAAAGAAAAGAAUGGAAAUGGGAUUGCUUGAUGAUGAUGAUGAACAGAGUGGAGAGAAGAGUGAUGAUGGAGAAGAUGAUUCGUUACCCUUUGCCUGUUUCAUUUGCAGACAACCUUUUGUUGACCCCGUUGUGACAAAGUGCAAGCACUACUUCUGUGAACAUUGUGCAUUAAAGCAUCACGCAAAAAAUAAGAAGUGCUUUGUGUGCAACCAGCCCACCCUUGGGAUAUUCAAUACUGCCUUUGAGAUACGCAAGAAGAUGGCCGCAGAAGGAAAGUGAUGGUGUUGCUUGCCUUUAUCUGUUCACUGCAUUGAACAAGAGGGUCUUCCAAUCUUUACAGUAUUGAAUCAGUAUUAGCACAGCGCAGAUGUUUUCACAACCUUUUCCGUUUCUUUUCCAAUCAUUUAGUCUCUGUCAUGCUAGUUCUUUUGAAGUUGUAAGAAAUUCAGGCCAAUCUUUUUGUGUUAUUUAAGUUUUUGGAGAUAUCUAUAUUUUUUCUGUUGGCGAAUGAUAUGUGGUUGAUACUUCUCUUAAUCUACACUGCUAUGCUAUUGUAGAUUCACAUGGUUUCUUGUUUCGUGGAGGACUCUGGAUGCAAAGAAGCCAUUUGAGACAUUAUUUCUAAGCCACUGCCGUGAUUUUUUUUGCCUUCUAUUUUUUCAUUGUUGUGGUGGAUGAAUGGUGUCAAAUGUCAAUAUUGUCCCUACAAACAGAAGUCCAUUUUCAUGCUAUGUACACAGAAACCAUAGUUCCUUCGGCAAAUUUGUGAAGUUUUUUGUUGUGCGAUAUGAUUUAAAAUUCUUUCCACUUUUCUAGAUUUUUAAUUGUUAGCUUUCACCUGAUAGGCAAGCUUUUAAAGGGAACCGAUUCUUUUGAACUUAUAAUUUGGAUAUCUUGCUUUUGUUAUUGUUCCAUAGAGUGUGUUUAUAUUUUCAGUUUUUCGUAUGCCAUCUAACUGCUAACAUGCUACUUAGGAAGGUGAAGAGAUUAUACAGAAUGUGAGAAGAGGAGAUUGAAGAUGGAAAAAGAGACAGGCCAUUGUAUAAAGGAGAGAUAAGGAGAAAGUGUAUAGAAGUAAGAAAUAGGGAAGAAGAUUAAUCACAGAAAGGUAUGCACUGUUAUUGUUGAUGGUGGAAAACUGAAUAGGCAGGCUCUCAGUAUUGCGUCUGAAUGGGGCAAUGAAAGCAAGAAGACUAUGUGAAGUCGAGGCUUACGCCUCAGCGCCCCGGCCACCAUAAGCCUCAUUUAAGUGCUAAGGGUUAACCUGUACAACUUUUUUCUGCACUCGGAGAGGCGCAAGUCUCUUGUGCCUUUUAAAACCAUGUUCUGAAAAGCAUUGCACUAUACAUGGAACUUUUUGCUGUAUUUUUAAUGUAAUAUGGCCAUAUGGGUAGUAUAAUGUUUAAUUGGAAUGCAUUUUGUUCAUACUUCAUAGGAAGUGAUCGAAUCAAGG